AUGCAGGAAAUAGUGGAUGGAGUAUCAGAUUUAUUUUCUAGUGGUAUAGUUUUAUUUUUAAAAAACAUGGUAAUGUCUCAUUUAAAAGGUUGCAGUAUUUCUGAAAAAAAUGAAAUAGAUGAUUUGUUUGAUACUUCGGCUAAUCCUUUUUUAAAUUUCAAAACUGAAUAUCACAGAUUUAAAUUUUUUGAGGCUAAUAAUUUGUUUUUUAAACCCAAGACAAUAGUGAUAGGUCACACAAUUGAAAAAAAAACUAUUUCAGGCAUAGAUCAACAAAUAAUGGUACCAGUUCAAGGACAUUUGCUAUCAAUUAAACAAAAUCUUAAAUUAUUGUUUGAACUUCCUGGGGUUGACGAAACAGCCUUUCAGUAUACUGAAGCUGCUACCGAUCAAAAUCAAAUACUUUCAUCGUUUCUUAAUGGUACUACUUGGAAGUCUAUCAAAAAUAAAUUUAGUAAUAAAAUUGUUUUUCCUAUAUUCUUGUAUUAUGAUGAUGUUGAAAUAGGAAACCCAUUAGGAUCACACUCAGGUGUUCAUAAAAUGGGUUGUGUGUAUUAUACAAUUCCUGCUUUCCCCCCAGAAUAUUUAUCAACAUUAGAUAAUAUAUUCCCUGCAUUCUUAUUUCACUCUUCAGAUCUUUCAAAAUUCAAUAAUAAAACUGUGUUCUCUGCUCUGAUUAAUGAUUUGAUUGAUUUACAAGAAAAUGGAAUAACUAUUACAGUUAAUUCAAAUAUUAUUCAGAUAUAUUUUGUUCUUGGACUAGUCUUGGGUGACAAUUUGGGCCUUAAUUCUAUAUUAGGCUUUGUGACAAGUUUUUCAGCCAAUUAUUGUUGUAGAAUUUGUCGCUCCCAUAAAACUAACCUUCAAAAGAUGCUGUUAGAAUGCCCAGAAUCCCUUAGAAAUGAAGAAAACUAUAAAUUAGAUGUCCUUCAGGCUAAUGCAGCUGAAACAGGUGUAAAUGAACUUUGUGUGUUUAAUGCUAUUCCUAAUUAUCAUGUAAUAACUAAUAGUGUAUGUGAUUUUAUGCAUGAUGUAACAGAGGGAGUUGCCCGUUAUGAUAUGGCAGUUGUAAUCACACAAUUAAUAAAUGAUAAAAAAAAAAAUUCACCUCCACCAAUUAAUCAAAAUCAUUUAAAUAAAGGAUACAUAACUAUGUCAUCUUCUGAAAUGCUUUGUCUUGUUAGAUAUUUUGCAUUAAUUGUUGGUGAACUAGUUCCUAUUGACACCCCUAUUUGGAAAUUAUAUAUAGCGUUACGAAAAAUUGUGGAUAUAUGCUGUGCAAGAACAAUUCAACCUGAAUGUUCUUAUUUAUUAAAUCAAAUAGUGGCUGAACAUAAUAGACUUUAUUUAUUAUUAUCCGGAAGUAAUCUUAAACCUAAAUUUCACAUAUUAACCCAUUAUGGGGGACUUUUAAUAAAAAAUGGACCAUUAAUAUUGACUUCUUCAAUUAGAUUUGAAGCCAAGCAUAAGGUAUUAAAAGCGUAUGCAAAUUCAAUUCCUUGUAGAAUCAACCUUGGUCACACUCUUGCAAAUAAAAUUCAACUGCAAAUGGCAAGUCGAUAUUUGACUAUGUCUGGUUUAGGAUCAGAUUUAAAAAUGGGCAAAAGUUAUACAAUAGCUCCAACUGAAGAAUUGCCAUCAUUUAUUUUGAAUAAAAUUCCUACUGAGUUGAAAUCAUAUACAUCAAGGUUGGAUUAUAAAGGAAUAUUAUACCAACCAGGUAUGAUAUUAGUAUUAGAAGUAAAUUUAGAUAAUUGCAUUUUUGGAGAAAUAAUAAAAAUAUUUAUUGGUGAAUUACAAAUACCAUAUUUCAUAUAUAAGCAAAUAAUCACUGUAGGUUUUGAUAGUCAUUAUUAUGCAUAUCAAGUAAAAUUAAAUUCUGAACUACCAUUUUGUGGUUGUUACAUAACAGAUUUACACGAUCCUACUCCUACCAUCAUUAGGACUUUAGGAAAUGGAUAUCAGUUAGUGUCAUUAAGAUAUGCAUUAUAA